UACAACGAAUACGUUGUCAGUUGCAACUUCUGAUUACUUAAAUUACGUUAGUAAAAAAAAAAAAAAAAAUUUUAAUCUACUCGCAUACAAAUCACUCAAUUUCUACGACGAAAAAGGGCGUAUACAGUAUAUAGAUUCAUUCAAAAGGUUGAAAAACUGUCCAACUUUCAAGGGAAGGACCCAAGUAAGACAAACAUGCCAGAGCCAGUGAAUCAUCAAAUAAACACAGCCAGAAAGACCUUCCAAGCACUUUAUCGCAUUUCCAAGCUGCUCAACACCAAUUUAGAUCCAGGGACUCUGAGCUACUGCGUCAGGCUGUGCGAGAAUGGAGUCAAUCCUCAGGCAUUGGCUACUGUUGUGAAAGAGCUCCAAAGAGAAACUAAAGCUUUCAAUAGUACCCAGAGUUAUGCCAGUAAAAAUAUUAACUCUUAAUAACAAUAGCAAUUAUGAUUGUGUCUAUAAGACUGGUCACUGUUAAGUUGUUCUUGAUGAACUUGCAUUGAUUGACUCAAAAUGUAUGUUAGCAUCUAAAGUGUAAAUUCAGCUAAUAGGAUUAAAAAUGUUUUUA